AUGCCACCUGAGCCAGUCUGGCACAUAUCUGCAGUAACAGAAAAGUUUCCUACUCAUGGCGCUAUUUUAUAUAUAUCACUUACCUUUUCUUUUUAUAAAAAAAUGUUACGUGUAUUAUGGCAUAUAUUGUUGGUGUACGGAAAACACGCGGGGAAGAGAAAGUAUAGAAAAGUGAUGACAGAAACAAAUGACUCAUUAUAUAUGAAAAGAAAUAACUGCAGCGGUGAAUAUGCCACACUGGCAUUAUCAACAAGGAGCUGUUCAUUUAAUAUGCAACAGAAUGAUUGGGUAACUAUGGAAGGACUAUUUCCUUUUGUGAUGGUUUUGUGUCAUUUGGAAACGAAGCCAAUGAAAAUAGGUAUCCAGCUUAUACUACAAGUCCCUUUCAUGGGUUUAGGAAUUCACAAAGAGAAUAAAGAAUUCUACUUGAUAUUAUGA